AUGAAAAGUUUACUUUGCCAAGAGGUCAACCAGGAUGAUUCAUUUAAUUUGGAAUAUCGUGGUCCAGUUGUCAUGAAAGGUAAACCGACACCCAUGAAUUGUUGGUUUUUAACGCGCAACACCACAGCCACCGGCAGCACUGGUGGCAGUACCAGUGGGGCCGUUGACUCACCCCUGCCACCGCCGACACCAACAAUAGCACCGCCACAGGCAACGACAUUCUCAGCGGUACAGCAACCACCCACACCUGCAGUGCGUAGUAGCCAGACUACGGACACCAGGAAGGCUUCAAAUACAAGUGUUGCCUCAGAGCCCUCGUCCUCGUCAUCACCCUCAGCAACAUCGGCUGUGGAGACAGGAGAACGUGGAUCUGCUGGUGUUAGUGCAACAGCCGCAGCCACAACAACGGAAACAUAGAAAAUGUGCAAAGAUUCGUCCUGUUGCUGCUGAAACAUACUCUAAGGGAUGCGUUCACACGUACUCACUUCACAAAGACACAGGAUAUGUUGCCAUCUUACCCAUUGCUACUAAACUACAGAACGAACGCAUGGCAGAGGAUUUUUUUAACAACCACAAGGAUGCUACAAGAAAAUGAGCAAAAGUAAAUUAGAAAUUAAGCUUAUAAUAAAAAAUUAAAUGAAAAAAGAGAACAACAAAAAACAAAGCAUAAUAAUUUUUCAGAAGAACACAACUGCCUUUUCAAAAUAAAUCCGUAGCACCACCCCUCUCUCCACCUACCAAAACCAUGGCCCAUAACCGAUGAUAAUUUAAAUAAAUCCCCCACACUCUCAGUCGCACUCUGUCUCUCAGGCACAUGCACUCACACAUGGCCCUCUAACACAGCAACGGAAGUGCUGCGUAGCUUGAAUGUGUUGGUGUGUGCGUGGCUUAACAACCGCUAGGAAAUGGGCUUACGCUUAGCGAGCAAAUAAAAAUAAAACUUAUAAUACUUGGUUGCCCUUCAUAGCCUUCGUCUCUUUCUCACACUCACUUUUAGUUAGUUUUUAAUCCUCUUUUGUAUAGUUACACUUACAUAGAGUUACACAUACUUUCAUGCAUACCCUUGAAGGGAAAUCUUCGGUAAACUACUUUCUAAGUUGCGAUUCGCAUUACUGUUGUUUACUAGGAACGGAAAGUAGUUGGAUUUUAUUUAAAUGUAAAGGUUUCUUCGGUAGUCAUAGAUAUUGUCAUCACCAUCAUUAUCGUAGCCAUCAUAAACUACUUAUAUGCCAUAAAAAUAUACUUUUAGCUAACAAGAAAUAGGAAAACUACGACAACAACAACAACAGCAACAAAUGAUAAACAAUUGUAAAUAACUUUGUAUUGAAUCGAACCAAUAACCAUAGUGUAGCGUAUAAACAAUUCCAAUACACAGUUACACACAAAUGAAAAACUUUCUUGUAAAAGUGUUAAAGUUUACCACAGUCACAACACUCAUAAAAAUAGUACUCCAUAGCACUUCCUGAAAGAUUUAACGAGUCCAGGUAUUG